AUGAAGCGACAGAAUGAUGUACAGUUAGAAUCAAAGCCAAAGAUACAAAGGCGUACUGAUUUUCUAGAUGACUUAGAUGGACUCCUUGUUAACUCGAAAAAUUUCAACAAGCUUUUUGUACAAAGAACAAGUCAUGAAUGGAUCAAAGCUCAAGUUGAUAAGCUUGUACAAAGUCAUACUCAUUUAUCUCGAUUUAUUGAAGUUUUAACAGAAUUUAUUAUAAGUGAUCAUCAUCAUCCACAUGUUAUUCAACAAGUUCUUAUUUGGUUAAACUUUUGUAUUCAACAUCAUUCAACUUGUAUGCAAACACCAGAAAUUCAAAAGUCACUGAAAAAUUUAUGUUCAUAUUAUUAUGAAAUGUCUGGAAUGGGAAAUAUGUUUUUAAAAGCUGCUAAUCGUGGUAGUGCUGUGGAAAAUUGGUCAAAUAUUCAAAAUCUUGUUAGUCAUUUUCCUCGUAGAUUUUAUUAUUCAAUUCUACCUAAAACAAAGUUUGUAUACAUUGAUGAUGAAAAUAAUCCUACUACUAGGAAAUCAAAUGUUCCACCAUCAAUAAUUCUACAUACAUCUGAUAAUAAUAAUGAACAAAAUCUACUAGACAUGUUAGAUGAUGAUGAAUUUUCCGACAUAGAAGAUACAUUAUCAUCUGCGAUGAAAGAUAAUUCAUCAGAUUAUGAACAAGAAUCUUUAUAUUAUCAAUCCAUUGAAGAAUCUGAUGCUGGUGUAUUUGAUGUU